AUGCGCACACCCGGAGGGCGACAGCAGUUCCCAGAGAGUGGAAAGAUUUAGGGCGAGCAAAUGUGCUGGUGCCGGCGGCGGGGCGCUAGUGCGCAGGCGCGGCCAGGGGGUGCUGGGCCGGGCUGCCACUCCGGAAUCUCAGCGAGCUCCAGUCUGCAUCGCACUCGGAACCACCGCCAUGGCCGCCUACAAGCUAGUGCUGAUCCGGCACGGCGAGAGCGCGUGGAACCUGGAAAACCGCUUCAGCGGCUGGUACGAUGCAGACCUGAGCCCGGCGGGGCACGAAGAGGCGAAACGUGGCGGGCAGGCGUUGCGAGAUGCCGGCUAUGAGUUUGACAUCUGCUUCACCUCAGUGCAGAAGAGAGCAAUCCGGACUCUCUGGACAGUGCUUGAUGCCAUCGACCAAAUGUGGCUGCCUGUAGUGAGGACGUGGCGUCUCAAUGAACGGCACUAUGGGGGUCUGACUGGCCUUAAUAAAGCAGAAACUGCUGCCAAGCAUGGUGAGGCCCAGGUGAAGAUCUGGAGGCGCUCCUACGAUAUCCCACCACCACCGAUGGAGCCUGACCAUCCUUUCUACAGCAAUAUCAGUAAGGAUCGCAGAUAUGCAGACCUCACUGAAGACCAGCUUCCCUCCUGUGAGAGUCUGAAGGACACUAUUGCCAGAGCUCUGCCCUUUUGGAAUGAAGAAAUAGUUCCCCAGAUCAAGGAGGGGAAACGGGUACUGAUUGCAGCCCAUGGCAACAGCCUUCGGGGCAUUGUCAAGCAUCUGGAGGGUCUCUCUGAAGAGGCUAUCAUGGAGCUGAACCUGCCAACUGGUAUUCCCAUUGUCUACGAAUUGGACAAGAAUUUGAAGCCCAUCAAGCCCAUGCAGUUCCUGGGGGAUGAAGAGACCGUCCGUAAAGCCAUGGAGGCUGUGGCUGCCCAGGGCAAGGCCAAGAAGUGAAGGCAAGCAGGCAGACUGCUUUCCCAAGUACACCCUCCCUGCCCAUCCCAUUCCUCUCCUGUGCACAUGUCACACUGACCACAUCUGUAGGCAUCUUAAGUUGUAGCUGCGGAUGAGGACCAGUGGCUCCUAAUUUCAUUCCAGCCAUUUUGUCUCUUGCACCCACUCCCUUCAUGCAGUCUAGUCAGAACGGCACCUCUGGGGCCUGGGGCCUGAGUCCAAGCUGAGGGAAGACUCUUAUUCAAGAGAGUUCAGGAGUAGUAAAACUGUUUUUUUUUGCUAGUGCUUUUUUUAAAUUACUAAGGACCUGCUUGAGUAGGGGGAUAGCGAGGAGCCAUGCUAAGGCGUGACCAAUGAGGAGGCAAGAGAGCCUCUUUGUGUUCCUGUGCUGUGCUGUAGUCAGGUGACUGGGGGGCGGGGGGAGCGGGGAGCCAGAGGUAGUGGAGCCAGGGGGGCUCUAGUCAUUCCAGCCCAAGAAGAAUGCAUGGUGAUUCAAACUAACAUUUCCUGCCUGGGCCCAGAAAAGCCAGCUCCAGAAGAUUGGGAUCAAUCCUGAAUGUUUGUUUUGCAUUUACUUUUACAGAAAAAGUAUAUAUAUAUAUGUAAAAUACAAAACAAAAACCCUUCUGGGGUUUCUAGUGGCGGUUGAAAUAUUCCCACAUGUGAUCAUCACAAAAUAGGCCAUUCCUCACGUCAAGGUGGAUCAGCUCCUUGACCUGUAAGGGGUGGGAGUUCGUCCUGCUGUGUGUGUGUUAGAAUCCCUCCCCUGUGUACUGUUUCACAGCCGUGAAAUGUCUCUCAAUAACACCCGGGUGUGUCUUUCACUGUGUCUGAUUUCUGAAUCAUGUUCCAGUUGUUUGGCCCUGCCACUUGGGUCCAGCACACAUUUUGAGCAUAACUAUGAAAUCUUUUUUCCAGAUCAGUAUAAUAAAGGAGUCAUGUGCAAUA